AUGUCCAUUGUUCAAAUUUCUAAGUCACCAUUAAGAUCUAUCGAAGCCAAUACUUUGGUUGAAAAUCUUGAACCAGAUACCACUAAUGCAAAAAAGAAAAGAAAGAAAAAUGAAGCAGCAAGUUCAACUAGUAGUAACAAUGUUCAAAAUGUGACUAAUUCACAUUCUUAUAAGUCGAAAAAUACUAUAAGACAAGAUGAACAAGAUGAACAAACUUCAAAUACUUCAUCCUCUUCAAGCAGAAAUAGUUUACCUGAAAAUUUUUCUGACCAACGAUCAUUGGCAUCUAAUAAUACACCAUCUUUUCCCAAUAGAAGCUAUUCGCCUGAAAUCAUCAACAAACAUAUAAUCGAUGAACUUUUGAAGACUUUGUUUUCAAACAUUCAAAAUACUGCUGUAUUGGAUCGUGCAGCAUUGCAAACAUGGGCAUUUGGAUAUUAUCAUGAUUACAAUGCUUCCUUGAGGCGUGAACUUAGAAAGCUCGUCCCUGAAUUUAUUAGAAAACAUAAACUUACCAAGACAAAGGAGUCAACUACACACCAGGUUGCCCAAUAUAUAAGCGAAAGUAACUGGAUGGCUUUUAUGAAGUGUCAUAUGGAUGUGACAGAUGUCCAAAAAAUAUUCAAUGAUCAUCUUGACAAUGUUGUCUAUUUUACCAAUUUUAUCCAAUCUGCGUUUAACCUUUUUGUCCAAGAAAGUCUUUUGGAUAAAGAGGUGGUUAAUGCUGUUAAAAAUCUAAAUUAUAUGACAGUUGAUUUGGAGAUUUUCAUGGCUGAUGGUAAAGAUAAAUUACAAAAAUUAGAUCUUAGAUCACUUCUGAAGUUGGACUAG